UAAACCCCCAAGACGCAAAGCCGAUCGCGGAGCCGGAGACCGCUGGCGACUUAAUGAGUCUCAUAAUGGACCAUCGAUGCAUCGAUGUUUUUGAAAUUUUCUAAAUCAUCGAUGUUUUUUUCCAACCAUCGAUGUUUCUGUGCCGUCACUAUUAAGAAAAAAGGCAAAGGAAAGUACCAUAACAAAGAUGUUGUGCUCGAGAUCAAGGGAUCGGACGCGCUCUUUCACAACACCUCCAUUUUGGACGUUUUGAAGUCUCUGAAGGAAUUGUCCGAGCCAGCCAGAGAUGCAAAUUCUGGCCGUGUCCCCAAGAGACGGAGGGAAGAAGAAGAGCCUAAGACACCCGGAAAAAAAGGACGGAAAUCGAACUCAUUCGAGGAGCUGGAGGCCACUGGCUCCAGCCAAACAACUCUCCAUCCUCACUCACCCUUCGAAGAGCUGGAGGCCAGUGGCUCCAGCCAAACAACUCUCCAUCCUCACUCACCCUUCGAGGAGCUGGAGGCCAGUGGCUCCAGCCAAACAACUCUCCAUCCUCACUCACCCUUCGAGGAGCUGGAGGCCAGUGGCUCCAGCCAAACAACUCUCCAUCCUCACUCACCCUUCGAGGAGCUGGAGGCCAGUGGCUCCAGCCAAACAACUCUCCAUCCUCACUCACCCUUCGAGGAGCUGGAGGCCAGUGGCUCCAGCCAAACAACUCUCCAUGGCUCACCCGAGACAGAGACCCUCGCCCACUCGUCGCCGUUGCAGCCUCUGAGCCACAUACGAAACACCGAGGACCUAAAGGCAGGCGAGGUCUCAUGGUUCCCACAAGCCAAGACAUGGGGACUAAACGUGGAUGAGAUCCGCAAGGUCUACCGGGACAGGCUAGAGAGGGUUCAUGACUGCUUCGAGUGCGGCGUCAUCCUCCACAGCCACAAAGCCCUAGCCGAGCAUGAGAAGUUGGACGACCACGUCCAGGAAAAGAAGCGAAUCGAAAAGGUUUUUAAUUCCAAGGUAAAAUCUAUGUGUCCAAUCUGUGGAGCUAAAGCUGGAAACAAAACAAAGCUGAGGAACCACGUGAUCAGGCACUUCCGGUGGACCUUUGAUUGCAAACAGUGUCCCAAGUUGUUUUGCUCAAUCAGGAGGUACAGGGACCAUCGACAUCCUCCAAUUUCAAAGGAAAAAAAAUAUGCCUGCGAGUGUGGCUGCACUUUCGUCGAGAAGCGCAAUUUAAGACUGCACAAGUCCAGCUUUAUUCAUAGAAAAAGAAUGCCUUUAUAAACCCCCAAGACGCAAAGCCGAUCGCGGAGCCGGAGACCGCUGGCGACUUAAUGAGUCUCAUAAUGGACGAGUCCUUCCCUGUAGAGGUGUCAAAACAUCGAUGAAAACAUCGAUGCAUCGAUGUUUUUGAAAUUUUCUAAAUCAUCGAUGUUUUUUUCCAACCAUCGAUGUUUCUGUGCCGUCACUAUUAAGAAAAAAGGCAAAGGAAAGGUAUGUAAAAGAGCAGAUUUUUUUUUCAUUUUUUCUAUUAUAAUAUUAAAGUUCUUCUUUUGCUGUUUUUUUUUAAAUUUUUAAAGUUUGCCUCUUUACCAAAUCGACCCUUUUUAGGGCUACAUAAUAUUCAUUAAAGAGUUGCAAAUUUCAAAUAAUUUAUAUACUUGUCACAUAUAAGCAUAAAUGUAUGUAUAUUUUGUGUAUAAGUGAAGAUACACUUACAGUUAUUGGUGUUUAUUUAAAACACACAUGUUAAAUGCAACUUAAAUCAUUGCAAAUUACUAAAAACAAAACCAACAAAAACAAAUAUUAAAAACAAUAAGAAAAAAGCAAAAACAUUAACAUUAACGUAAAAUUAUGUGAGUGGUGUGUCUGUGUGCGUGCCCGCUGUUGGUUUUCGGCGAUCGCCAACGGUUUUUUAAGUACAAUUUGGUAAAACUUUAAAAAUUUCUCCUGGCUAAACUAAGCGC